UAUAUUACAACAGUAACCAUAACCUAACAUAAUCUGAUUUACUUUGACAUCGUACGAUUUACUUUGACUAUUUCUGAAUAUAAAAUUUGAGGUCAAAGUUAACACAAAUUCAACAAAAUCGACAAACGCAUCGUAUUUAAUGAGAAAAUUUUAAGUAUUUUAUUUUAAUUUAAUUUUUUGUGCAAAAUACUCAAUCAAAAGAUUAAUAUGUCAACAAAUAUAAGUGAUUCCCGUAAACAACAAUUAGAAGAGCUAAAGAAUUUCACUGAUGCAGUUAACAAAGAAAUUGCCAAUAUUGUCGAAACCUUAGGCUGGACAAUGGAGAGCACAAUGGAAAAUAUUGACACAGAACAUUUCAUAUGUCCAUAUGAUUCAUCCCAUCAAUUAACAGAAGGAUCUCUCAAUAAUCAUCUUAUCUCUUGUCAAUGGAAAGCUGAAGGUUAUGGAAAAUUGGACGUCCCAUUAUCUGAACCAACUUUAUCAAUAGAUUCACCAUUCAGUAUAAAAUUUGAUGAACAAUUGCAAGAUGAAAUUCUAAGGAAAGCUAAAGAACAAAAUCCAGCAAUGCAAACUGGUAUAGGUGAGCGGUUAAUACCACGUACAUCUGACAGGCUUCUCACAGAUUUCACCAGCGAUGAGAGAAAAGCACUAUAUGAUUAUGUCAUCUCUAAUACUGCCAAACCAGACAUUGGACAGGAUAUUGCAGUCAAUUUAAAACAAGAAAAGAAAGAUAAGGAGUUAUCUUUUCUGGAUUUGUUGGUACAAGAACGCAAUUUGAAAAGACGUAGAGCAAAACAUAGAGGUGUUCAUACAAAUAAGAAAUCUCAUAUUGAAAUACUCAGAGAAGUGAUUAAUCAACAAAUGGAGAUAUAUAUAGAUUACAUGUGUGAGAAAAAGAAUUCAGAUCAUGUUCAACCUACUGAAUCAGACGAUUCAAAUCACGAAAUGAUGCAAGACAGAACCGAACGUUUAUAUAAGGCUUUUCACACUUCCUCGCGAAAUUUUGAUGAUUUGCAUUCCAGAGAUAGAAACGAUCAUUACAGUAGCAAAAGAAAUUAUUUAAAAAGAGAGCAUUCAGAGGAAAAGAAUUAUCAUCCAUCAAGAGAAAGAGACCGAGAUCGGCAUGAAAAAUAUUCAGAUGAAACACAUAGAAAACAUAGACAUACUGAACAUAUAAAAUCAUCCCACUCGAAGGAUCGAAAAUCACAUAAAAAAGAUAAACAUCGAAACAGAGACAGACAUACAGAUAGACAUCAAAAGAAACAUAAAUCUGAUCGUGACAAAUCAUUGGAAAGACAUUCAAAACAUAGUGAGCAUAAAAGAAAAAAGAAACAUAAAGAUUAUUAAUAAGUACAUUUUAAGAAUGAAAAUAUAGAUUUAAAAAAUUUCAUGUAUGCCAAUCAACGUAGCGGCGUAUGUCAUAUAAGUUAUAUAAUAAUUUUGAAAUAAAUCUAGCACGAAUAUUAUUUA